CCACCAUCCAUCUGGCAACAUUGCUACUAACUGCCAAUUGCUACCUGCCACUACCUGCUUGCUAGAGUCUAGGACUCUUUGGUCAACUGUUUAAUUCUAAAUACAUCUUUGUAAUUUUUAAAAAUAUUUAUAAAAAGGUAAUUUACCCUAAAGAUGAUAAAUAAUUUAUAAAAAGGAAAUUUUAUUUAUACGUUAAUUUCAUGUGUUUGUUUCAAUUAUCAACAGUGCUUCUCUUGUCUUAAUUUUGUUGUUCCAUUGAAUUUUUUCCUGGAAGUUCAGGGACAUCAAUAAUCAAGGAUGCUAAGGGGAAGAAUCAAGCACUUACUUCACUGUACAUUUUUUAUAUCAUUUAUAUUUUUGUUCCUUGUGUUUGCUGGUGCUAUAAAUUUGGAUGACAAGGAAAAGGAGAUAAUUGAUCCUUGGGGAGCAUAUGGAGUGUAUGGUACAAUAAUUUUGUACAUAUUAAGGUUGUUUACUCUGUUAACAAUACCCCAGGUGCUCUGCAAUUUUGCAGGACUAACACUGUUCAAUGCUUUCCCUGGUAAAGUGAAACUUAAAGGAUCUCCACUACUUGCACCUUUUAUUUGUAUUAGAGUGGUGACUAGAGGUGACUUUCCUAAACUUGUCAGAGAUAAUGUUACAAGAAAUAUGAACAUGUGUAUUGAUGUGGGCAUGGAGAAUUUUAUGAUUGAAGUAGUCACUGACAAAGCUAUUAAUCUGCCAAAACAUAGAAGAGUCCGUGAAGUGGUUGUACCAUCAGAAUACAAGACUAAAACUGGUGCAUUGUUUAAAUCUCGUGCACUGCAGUAUUGUCUUGAAGAUAAUGUCAAUAUAUUAGCAGAGAAUGACUGGAUUGUGCACUUAGAUGAAGAGACUUUACUCACAGAUAAUUCUGUUAGAGGAAUUUUGAAUUUUGUGAUGGAUGGCCAACAUCAGUUUGGACAAGGGCUCAUUACUUAUGCUAAUGAACAUAUUGUGAACUGGUUGACAACAUUGGCUGAUAGUUUUCGUGUAGCUGAUGAUAUGGGAAAGCUACGAUUCCAAUUUUAUUUGUUCCACAAGCCCCUCUUUAGUUGGAAAGGUUCUUAUGUUGUAACACAAGUUAGUGCUGAGAAAAAAGUGUCAUUUGACAAUGGGCUUGAUGGAUCUGUCGCGGAGGACUGUUAUUUUGCUAUGAAAGGCUAUAAAGAAGGCUACACAUUUAACUUUGUAGAAGGAGAAAUGUGGGAGAAGUCACCCUUCACCCUGUGGGACUUCAUGCAGCAAAGGAAAAGGUGGAUACAAGGUAUACUUUUGGUGGUACAUUCUAAAGAAAUACCUGUUAUUAAUAAAAUAUUCUUAGCAAUUUCAUGUUAUUCAUGGGUAACACUACCAUUAUCAACAAGUAAUGUUCUGCUAGCUGCCAUUUGCCCUAUACCUUGUCCACAUGUUUUAGAUUUGUUGUGUGGAUUUAUAGGGGCUGUUAAUAUUUAUAUGUACAUAUUUGGUGUAAUCAAAUCUUUCCCUAUCUAUAGAUUUGGGCCGUUAAAGUUCUUCUUAUUUGUGGGUGGUGCUUUGGCUACUAUUCCCUUUAAUAUAGUUAUUGAAAAUGUUGCUGUAGUUUGGGGUAUGUUAGGUAAAAAGCACAAGUUUUAUAUUGUAAACAAGGAAAUUAAGAUACCAGUGACUGUAUGAUUUCAUAUAUAAGUCCAAUAACUUUAAUGUUUUAAUGAUUAUGAGAUAGUUUGUGCACAAAUACUUAAUUUUAUCAUGCACUUAUAGGAAUGUGAAGAAUGUCUCACUAGUUGUUAUUGUUUAUAAAUAAUUUCCAUUUGUAAAGGCAGUGGUUAAGUACUGCCUUUGUUACCAAAGUUUUAAAAUAAAAAUAUUAGGUAAUAACAUGUACUAAAUGAUAAAGUUUAUACACAUAUAAAACGUUUUGUGAGUAAGGAGCACAAUGUUGAUAUUAAUGAUGACUGUGUACUUGAGCCACUAAUGUUGCGUUAACUGUAUUACAUAAUUUUAUUUUCGAUAAUUUGUUGCAUUAUUUGUUAUAUGAUUUUGAUUAAUAAUUACUAUGUUUUAAAAUGUUUUAUGAAGACUACAUUUAAUAAAAUACCAUUUCUGUUAAUUAACAUAUAUAUGAGACCUCAUUGUAUAGCAUGGAUAUUUUAUUGAAAUAUUUAAUUAUGUAGAUUUCUAUGUUGAUUUAGGUAAAUGGCAAAGUAUCAUGAUUAAAUAUUUCCUUGCAUCUCAAACCAAUUAUAAUUAAGGUUAUUCCAAUGGUUUCACUUAUGAUAUAUUGAUGAGAAUUUUUGAUAAUAAGUAUAUUAUGUAUGUUUAAAACCUUGCUACCAAUUAAGACAUCACUAUUUUAGCUCAUAAAAUUUUCCAUGUAUAAUAUAAAAAAAUUAGACUAUAAAUAUUAUAUUAGUAUUUAUAUUACCAAUUAUUGGUCAUUGAACAAGUUAAUUUGAAAAUCAAACUGUUACACAGUAUUUUAGUUCUAAUGAAAAAGUCAUGACAUUAUAAUAAUAGGUUUGCCAAUAAUUGGGUUGUAUUUUCUUCAAAGUAUCAAAUGUCAAAUUGAUAUAUUACUUGUCGGCCAUUAUGGAAUCAAUUACUAUCGCGAUGGACAAUCUACUUAAUUGUAAUUGUCAAAAAACAUUUACAAGAAUCCCUAAAAAGUAUAGUAGCAAACACGCGUGUUGAUUGUUUGAUGGUAAGCAAUAAUCACCACACACAAAAACCUUUAAUUCUGAAGGAAUCAUGCUUGCUUUUAUUAUGAGUAUUAUUUUUCCAAAAUAUAUUUUUUAAGCUUGUUGUGAAUUGUGUGUAUGUAUUUAUUAUGCUCAGAUUUACAGAUUACUGUUAAUCAGCUUAAAGUUACAAUGUUCUUAAUAAUGAUAAUAAGUGAUUUCAUUUACUUUUCGGCAGUAAGUUCGCAUAACUUUUCAAGAAAAAAAAAAGACUUUCUUUAAUUAUUGAUUAUUCGGAUUUUUUACGUUACUAUUUUGACUAAUAAAUAUGAAAAAUUACCACCAUUAUAAACGUUUUGAAACUGAAUCCUUAAAGAUAAAUUGUACAAAUUAUUAUUGUUCUAGAGAUAUUUGUGUGAUUUUAAUUUAUUGUAAAUGUGAAGUGUUACUUAAAAAAAACUUUAUGGUCGACCUGAAAUUAAUCGUUUUCGUGUCUAUACGGGCCGACGCGACAUACUCUUAUCAUCACACUAUUCGUAUCAGGCGGAUUUGGCAUCGCGGCGACCGUUCUUAAAAGGUUAGCAAUUGAAGUUAGAAUCCCGCGUUUUGUUGCUAUCCUGCGUUGUAGUUCGGCGGUUGCCGAAGACACGUAGUUGCCGAUGAGGAUUUUCGACCUAUGAGUUAUAAGCGCCGUACGGAUGCUUACAGCAAAAUGGUUCUUCGCAAGUGACGGGUUGAGGCGAUAAGAACAAACGAUAUCGAUGAUAACAUUAUGUGGCAAACAAACAUUAUCCUCAUUAAUUUGAUUUCCUUGGGCGACUAACUGAAGGUCGACCACAAAGUUUUCAAUAAUAGUUUAGGUUGACGGUUGGUCUUACUAUAAUAAUACUAUGAUUAUUUAUUUUUUUAAUAUUGUACCUACCUACGUAUUCCUAUUAUUCAAAGACACAAAUUUUAAUUAAGUAUUGUAGUUUUGCAUGUGUGAAAUUUGCAUUCAAAUUUGUAUUAAUGUGUGUGUAAGAGUUUAAAAAUUACUGGUUUGCUUAUUAUUAUAAUACAUCAGGAGUAUUUGUCCAGUAAAUUUUAAGUUGUAUAAGGUCGCAAUCGAAAGUUAUUUUUAUUGCUUUUGAUACCACAACUGACUAGUCAAGGAAGGUAUUUAACAUAAUAUAGCUGAGUAGAUGUAGUGGUACUGGUAUGACAAUCAUAGUUAAUUGAGAAAAUUCUGGACCUCAUUCUUUUAAAAAGAGGUUAACUCAGGUUCAAGUCGACUGCUUUAAUAAAUUACUGCUCUCGUGAUAAAGGCCUUUUUAAUUAUUUAUAUAUUUUAGUUUGUAUAAUUAGCUAGCUGAGUACGCCGCAGUACAUAAAAUAUACCUACCUACGUAUUAUUUAUGGUAUUAAGAUAAGCCGUAAAUAUCGUUAGAGAAACAUUUUUCGUUCUGUUUCUUAAAUUAGUAUUUCCAUGUUUGUAAUUCAUCCUUUAAUUUUGUAUAUUUUUGUAAUAGUUAUUGUUUCCUGGUGUUAAUAUCAUUCAAAAUAUAUUGUUAGAAUGAGUGCUAUAAAAAUGAAUCCAAAUAGCAUUUAGCUAUAUGUAAAAUAAAUUAAUUAUGGAUAAUA